AACAUCUAUAAUCAUUAGAUCUGAGAAAAAUCAUUUAGUUAGUUUUGUUGCUCACAUUGAUUUAACAUUCAUUCAACCCUGCAAGUAACUUACUGUACUUAAGUGUUGUAUUAGUACUUUUACUUUAAGUAAUGGAUCUGAAUACUGCUUCCACCACUGAGUAGCCUAGUACUAUCACCCUAUAAGGGGCUUGUAACACUGUGCCAUUAAGGGCAAAGUGUCGACAGGUUUCAUUCCCAGUCAGACCCUACUGUAGGUGAAUGCGUAUGCAUGAUUUUAAGUAAAGUAAAUAUAUGCAAAAAGAGGUUAUUAUAAUUUGAGAAAAACCAUACAACUUUCAAAAACGGCAGUUUGUAGGGAUGCCACAUGUGCUUUUAUUCUGAAGGUUGCAUUGCAUUACUUCCGCUUUUUAUUGGACUUGUACUGGUCAACUUGACACAACAAGGUAGCAAGGAGCUAUCGAUGGGAGGCUGGUGCUCAGGGGGGAACCGAGGGAACCAACCACAGUUGAGGGUGUUAGCUUAGCCAGUAUAUCCUGCUAGCAAGUCAUUUGCUGUUGUAGGUUUGCCAGCAUGCUAAUGGGGGCAGCUUAACCGCAACACACAUUGCAGCAAGUCUCCUGUCUGACUCUGUAGAGGUCCAGCCGAGCUGAACUCCGCGGAGCCAUGCGACAGUGGUGUGUCCCCGCUGCGACCCCUCGCACUGAACCACUCCCGGGGCGCCUGUCUGUGUCACCCCCUCCGUCAGAUGCCAGAAUGGAGUGCUGCGAGGCGGAGCCCCGCUACACCAUCGAACAGAUCGACCUCCUGCAGCGCCUGCGUCUGUCCGGCAUGACCAAACCUCAGAUCAUCCACGCUCUGGAGUCCCUGGAGAGGCUGGACCCGGACCACCGCCCGUCCCACUGCGACUCUCAGCCUGCCCCGUCCAACAACACCCCCGCCGCGGCCGCGCCGGCCCCGUCCUCGUCUUCGUCCUCGUCCUCCUCGCUCUCCCUGGCGUCCGCCACCACGCAGACCUCCGGCCUGGACGGCGCCGCCCUGUCGCCCAGCAACAGCUACGAGGCCUCGCCUCCGCCCCUCUACCCUCCCAGCGUGGCUGUCCAGCGCUCGUUCAGCUACGACAUGAUGGGGGAGGAGGACUGGGACCUGGAAGAGAAGGUGGAGGAGUACAUGAGGAGAGACAGCAACCUGGUGAAAGAAGAGAUCAAAACCUUUCUCAACAAUCGCAGGAUCUCUCAGGCGAUCGUAGGCCAAGUUACAGGCAUCAGCCAGAGUUACAUUUCCCAGUGGUUGCUGCAGCAAGGCCUGGAGAUGAGCGACUCCAAACGCCGAGCUUUCUACCGCUGGUACCUGCUGGAGAGAAAUAACCCAGGGCUGAGGUGGAGUGAAAGCCAGCACAGCGUGAGUCCCAUGCCCAGGGCCAGGGGAGGGGACAGAGACGGGACGGUAGCAGGGGCAAGUGGCAGCCUCCCCAACCCCAACACCAACCUCAACCCCAACCCCAAUCCAGUGUGGAGCAGGCAGAGAGAGCUGCUGAUGCACUUGCUGCCGUGGUACGCAGCCACCCAGACCCAACCAGGGGCCACCUUAUCAAUGCGGUCUCUGGUGAAGGAGGAACCCGACUGGAGGUCAGGGAUCAUGGCGGGCGACAGAGCGGGGAUGGUGGGCGGGCCUCUGAGGCUGCGUAGAGGGAGCAGGUUCACCUGGAGGAAGGAGUGCCAAUCAAUCAUGGAGAGCUUCUUCAUGGAGAACCAGUACCCAGAUGAAGCCAAGCGAGAGGAAAUCGCCAACGCCUGUAACUCUGUCAUUCAGAAACCAGGCUGUAAGCUGUCUGAGUUUGAGCGUGUGACGGCAUUAAAGGUGUACAACUGGUUUGCCAACCGCCGGAAGGAGAUGAAGAGAAGAGCGAAUAUCGAAGCUGCCAUUUUGGAAAGCCAUGGAAUCGAGGUGCCAAGUCCAAGCUGCCACUCAAACGGCGAGGAUGGAGAGAUGCAGGAGUUUGCCGAUCAGGUGAAUCAUCGAUUCUCCGAGCAGGAGGAGACAUCUUCCCACAGGAUUGUUGACCAUCAAGACCCCUCCUCAUUGGCUCCUGCCGAGGUGGCAGCCCUGCCGAGCCCCGCCCCUCAGGUCCUGGAUCAGAAAGAGGAGGCUUCAAAAAGGGAGACUGUGGAUGAAGAGUGACCCAAGCGGGGGUUUGGGUCAUCAUAUUUGAAUUUGAAGUCCGUCGAAAUAGGAAAAACAAGAAGUGUCCUCCUCCUCCACCCAUGGAGGGUCUUUGGCACCCGAAAAUCAAAGGGAGAACGGGUGCUGAGGCUCGCUGAGGUGCCUCCGAUGGCAAGGAGGCCACUGUAUUUAUCAACAGUAAUCCUGCUUAUAUUAACAGCAAUAUACAGUAAAUAUAUAUAUAUAUAUAUCAAUAUAUAGUGCAUUCCAAGAUGGUAUUUAAAAGCCUGAACUCCUUAGAAGGAGAACUAUGUAAAGGAUACCUCGCUCAUUUUAAGCCUUUUUUUCUUUUUCUUCGCUACAGGCCUUCUUAUUAGCCUUUUAUCAAAGAGUGGUUGGUUGAUGGACUGUGGUGCCGUGAGUGUGCUGAGCCUGCAGGUCAGGUGUGUUUGGGUGUAGGGGAUAAAGUACGCUAUCAAAGGAUCUAGUUCAUGGGGGAUACGAAAGCCCUCCGCUUGCUUGAAUGUUUUUGACCCCCGUCUGGUCUGCGGAAAACCUCAAUCAGUCGAUUGAUUCAGUCAGUCGAUCAAUCAACGAGUGCUGUCGCCGUCAAAUCCGUAAAAAGCCCUGAGGGACAACUGGAAUCUCAGGUAAUCCCGAAACAUGGUGGAUAAGGACAGUGAAGUCUUAACACAAUGCUUUUAUUUACAUUUUUUUUUUUACCUUACCAUCUUUCAUUUCCUUUCAUCUUAACUGUGUUUAACCAAAAACAGGAUGUUGUUAUUUAUACCUUUUUUAUAUUAGCAAAAAACAAGCCUAGGGCAAUAUAUAUCCUAGUAUAUGUCUUCUUUGUUAUACUGAAUGCUGCUGUUUGGUCAUUUUUGUAGUAUAAUCCUUAAUUUCAAAGUCUUGUCUGUCAAAUCCUCAACUCAGCCAGUGAAGCUAGACUAGAUACAUACGUCUACUCAGAUUAUUAUUAUUUUUUUUGUUUUAACGUUUGAAAUAAUGCUAAAACAAAUGUGAUGAAACCUGAACGCGUCAGCCGACACGCUGCAAGCACCUUCUUCUCCCGUCGGAAUAAGCUAAAGCUUAAACGCCUGUAUGUUUUUUGUAGGACUGCGAAGCUGCACUUCAAAGUGCAUCGCACUGUAAUUUGAAAGAGGGACGCGUCAACGGAACCUGUACCUGCAUUUGACACGUACGUAACCCCAGAGAACGCGAGAGCUCUCCUAUCAAAUUACUUUAGCACUAAUAUAGAAACUGUUAUUUGUCAAACUUGAAUAGCUGACUUAAAGUUCUCGCAUUACUUAGUCCCUGUAUUGACUGGCCCAAGGCCUUGGGAGUUACUCCCUUUUUUUAAAGUUCAUGAAAUGGACAAAGACGCUUGUCCUCAAAUGCCCGCCCCCCCCCCCACCAUGUUACCUCCUUAUGCCAAAGCUAUGCCAAGGUAGAGAUGAGCUACCGUGCUCACAGGAACAGGAUAUGACCCAGUCACAACACUAUAGAUAUACAGUACAUAGAUGUUUAUUUGCUCAGUACAACACUAGCCAACCCUAGCUUACCUCAGAAUAUCUCUUGUGUCAUGAACGGGUUACAGGUUAAUAACUUGUAAUAAAAUUAAAAAAAAAGUGACUGUUUAUGAUACGGACAGUGUUAUGUAGCAUUUAUGACAGCGGGGGGUUUGCCCUGUAUUGUUAACGUAUACUCACCUCAGACCGUUCUCUCGUCCGGCUUUUGGAAAGGAAACCCCAAAGCCGCACGCUGUUUCUGAUUAUUAUUAUUAUUAUUAUGCUCCUCUCUAUCUGCUUUUAUCCGACAGCGAGAUAACAAUAACAAUAAUAAAAUUGUAAACAAUG